UGUUCAAUUGUUCUGUAAAGUAAAUAGACUUAUGUUUUAAUCUAGUGUAUUGUAAUUUAGUUAGAAAGAUUCUUCUGUGACGUAAUAUAUAACUACUACUUACAUGAAAAUUGGGGAAGGUAAUACUCAAAGUAACACUUUUUCUGCUGAAACAAUGAGCAUUUAGUCUACGUAUAUACAAACUAGUUUUGAUUUCUUUUUCACCCAAACACAUGUGCCAUUUAUUUAUUUUUUAAAUUCAAAUUUAAAAUUGUUCCAAAUAUACUAGUUGGCGGCACAUAAGGGCCGGCCCAUUCCUUUAACAAUGUGAUUAUAAAUCCAUGUUAUAGAUAUAUUUUUUUGUUAAUCAAUUUAUAAAAUAUCCAAUGUGAAAAUAAUCUUAAGUAAAAUAAAAACAGAAGUACUAAUAUCUAGACAAAAUCAUUAUUUUGCCUUAUGAAACCAAAAGAUCCACUGGUUCCCCCCCAGCCAUCAGGAGAGUGAAUUGUAACAAAGUUGUAACAUAACUUGGGUUUACUCUGUUAUGACUGAGGAGUGUAACACCCCUACUCCUCACCCCCCUGACCCAUCCCUUUCUCACGCUGUUUUUAGUCACAUUCACCCUAACUUUCUUUCUAUUUGGAGAGUGUUUGUAAACUUAAAUUUGAAAGCCUGUGUAUUCAACUUUUUUUAUUUAUUAUUUUUUUCACACUUUUAUUGGCUCUCCUUAUCUCCAUAUGCAAGAUUUUUUUACAAGUUUUAUGUACGUUUUAUUUUAAAAUUUGUCAAGAAAUGCUUUAUCAUUCGUUUCUUUCCUAUAAUAAUUCAACACUAUUGCUGUUGCAUUGUUAACUAGGACUGUAGUAACAGUGAAUGCCACAUCCAAACAUGUGGCCAAGUCGUAUCACACAACCACACCACCUAUUGUAUCCCAGACUGCCCUUAUUUUAUUGAACUAGGUUUGCCAACUCAUGGAUUUUUGUGGCAGCACAUUGGGAUGGCCAGGUCUGCCAACUUCUGGCAAUGUGCACAAAGUUAUUAACAAUACAUAUUUGUUUCUUUUGCUAUUACAUCUUGUCUGGAUGAUAUUCAGCCAUAGGGGUGCCCUCUGUUCAGAACAAGUACUGUGACAAUUUAAUGUCAUGAUCAAACUUGCUGAUGUUUAAUUACUAACAGUUUUAUUUUUAGCUCAAUUUCACUUUUGUUAUUGUGUGUAUAAGACUUCUAUGUUGUUGAUAUUAUUUUUUAAAAUGCUGUGUUUUGAUUAAAAUUGUGCAUUAUUCAAAAUUUAGAGUCAAAUAUUAAGUAUUACCAUUUUCACUAAAAUAAUAUUUUAAUUGCUUUAAAAGCAAUAUUUGUUUGAUGAAAGAAUUUUUAGCAUAUGUUGGAGUAUCUUUACUCAGAACAAAAUAUUAUUUAGCAAGCAUGUGUAUAAUUAAGGCACAGCAGCAGACUGGAACUUUCGAUGUACGCUAUUUCGGCAGCCAAUCAGGACUGUCCCAAGUUGUGGUGUGAUGCAGUGGAGGAUUUUAUUUAGAGGGAGGCAAUGGGGCACGUCCCCCCCCCCCCCCCUUUUCUUUCCAUGAGGGUAAAUUUUUUACUGGGUAAUACGACUUCUGAAGUAAUAAACUGAUAUUAUACUAGGUACAGACUACCGGUGCUACACCCAGAGGUCAAUCCUGGAUCCGCCACUGGUGUGAUGUACCCUUCCAGACUUUCUUGGAACAAAAUUUGUAAGAACACAAUUUUCCUAUAUGGUCAGGUCCUGCCCUGUGAUUGGUCGGUUGGCCCACAGAGUUGCCUCCCUUUGUUUUCACCUUUUAAGGGAAGACCUUCGUUGUCUUAACUAGUCGCUCGAUUGUCACAGCGUGCGGUUGCGUCCGCAACUCACAGCAUUAUGAUUUCAGUUGGUGAGACCGCAAAUUUCACGUCUGCUGGUCAGGGCCCAAGCUGAGUUCUAACAUUUUUUCUUAUAUUUAGAUAACUUUUUGGAUUUUUUUUAUUGUGUGAAAUUGGACCCCAGGAGUUUGGUAUCAGAUCAGGUGGACUUCUGGUCCCCCCCUCCCCCCCCCUUGGGAAUUCUUGUAGCUCUGGUUAAAAGGUUGAUUGAGGGACGUUAUUGUUUUAUAUGUGUAGGAUCGAAUGAUAAGAACCAAAUGAAUGAAGCCAUCUGUAAAUGUAUCGGCUCGCAGUGUUUCGCCACGUCUCGAGUGACAGUCUUGGGUGUGAAUGGCUAGAGAGUGUGUUGUCAGCCAUGGAAGUGUCGCUGAACGACUUCCCGGACGAGGUUCUGGUGGAAAUACUGCGCCACCUCCCCGCGGAGGAGCUGGCCGGGGCAGCGAGGCGAGUCUGCCGGAGGUGGGGGGCCCUGUGUCGCGACCGGACCGUGUGGGAGGGCAAGUCGUUCGCGUGCGACAGGCUCACGGAGCGCUCGGUGAUCCUGGACGUGCUCGAGACGGCCUCGACGCUCCGACUGUUCGAAGUGCACUCGCGGGACGAUGCCCGGGACCUCGUCACGCGGCUGUGCGCCAGCUGCAAAGGCUUCAGCAUGCUUCACGUGAUGAGCUGCAACCUUGGAACAAACACGCACUGGCUUCUGGAAGAUGUUGCUCGCAGCAGCCGAGACCUCCUGGUUCUGAACCUGAAAGGCUCUUACGCAUUGACGGAAGCUGCAUUUAUGACCAUUGUCGGGUUCAAGAAAUUGUACAGCCUUAACCUCUCCUACUGCAAGGGUCUUACGGGAUAUGCUCUUCGAGAAAUUGUGAAUGGCUGCAGAUGUCUGAAGGAAUUGUGUAUUGAUGAUAUUGUAAAAAUCUAUGAUUCAGACAUAAUUUAUGUCAUAGACAAGCAAUAUGAUCUCUUAGACAUUCUGCAUUUAGAUGGAGAAGAUUUAACGGAUGCAUCAUUUGUAGCACUGUCCAAGUGUACAGGGUUGACUGAUCUUCAGAUAUCAUUUUGUGAUCACAUGACCGACCAAGGCCUGCUCAAUGGAAUAGGAAAGUUGACAAAACUAUCAGUGCUCAAACUAAGGAAAGGCGUGCAACUCACAAGUCCAGGAUUACUUAAAUUCUUUAAAAGUGAUAACUUCUCCAGUCUGAUGUACCUUGACAUGUCCGAGUGUUCGUCGCUGGACGACAGCACCAUGCUUGCUAUUGGUACCAGCGCUCGUAACUUGUGGGUGCUGAUUCUGCACUGGUGCUGGGAAGUGACAGAUGACGGUGUUCACUUCAUCGUGACCAACUGCCGACAUCUCAGGAAGCUGGACCUUCUUGGACUUGCGAGGAUAUCAGGGACUGUGUGGCUGGAGCUGGUGCCCUCCGUGCUGCCGGAGCUCACCUACCUGAGCCUGGAGCAGUGCCGCAGCAUCUGCGACCAGGGCGUGACGACCCUCGUGGCUCGCAUGCCAGGCCUGCGCGUGAUCGACUACUACGGCGACAGUGUGGCCGACAGCCUCGACCGCAGUUGACGCCCCCUCGCGGACAUGGCUGCGCCCGUACGUGCCGGCCGUCGGCUAAUUGCAACCACUUGCAUGACAUCAUGAUGUUUCUCAUGGACCAUGUUAUUUAAAAGAUAUUUGCACAUCCACUUAGAAUUAAAAUAUUUAUCAUGAACGAUUGAAUGGUAUUUGUUGUAACUCUUAUUCGAUUAAUAUGGUGUUAAUUCUUGCAAAAAAUAAAUUCUUAUAACAAG